CCGUCGGCUUCGCAAGAACCGUUUGGCUUUGAACGGGCGGCGGCGGCGGCGGUAACGUGACCAGUAACGUCGUCGUACCGCGGCGGUCGCGAACGUCGACAGGCCCGUGGCGUCCCGAGACGCAAUAAUAAACACCUACGCAAAUAAAACAAAUAUUAAUCGUCGACAUGGCGGCCGGAGACGAACGACGGCGCCCGACCACCGUGCUGUUGUUCAGCGGCAAAAGGAAAUGCGGAAAGGACUACGUGACGGACGCGAUCCACAAAAGGUGACGGCCGAUUCCACAUUAUUAUUAUUAUUAUUAUUAUUAACAGAAAACAAUGUUAUCGAAAACCAAACGGCCGGCGUUGCGUUGGCGAUUCGUCCGAAAUUUCUAUUUUAAAAAUAUACUGUCCGUUUGUCGUAGACCUAUUGAAGCGCACAGGUACCCGUUCGCGCGAUAACUAAACCAAAUUAAUAAUAUACCCACCCUGCCGAGUUGGUCCGCCUUGAUACCGUUUCUUACAAUAUUCGUCGGCUGUAGUAUCGCUGAUAACAACCGACAUCCGUAAACAAGCCGAGUGAUAAUAAUGUUGAUAAAGCAGUUUUAGAAGACCGUAUCGGGUGUCGUGGUAAUCGCGGUGUCACCGCGGAUGAAUUAUUAUUAAAAAUAGAGACGGCUAACUGUGAUUUUUUUUUUUUUUUGUCAGCAGUAGUAACAGUGAAAAUAGCACCGACUGCUACCGUGAUAAAAUCCCGACCGCUGUGAAUGAGUGCGUAGAGCAGUCACUGAUAUUUUCGUACCGGAUUAGCAGUCUGUGAUUUCAAUUAUCAAAUUACCUGUGGAGAUCACCGAUAGGUACCCUGCUAUUUCAUGUCAGCAUUAAUUAAAAAAAAAAAAAAAAAACGUAAUGAUUUUUAACGUGGACAAUUGUCAAUUGACAAUCCAAAAUUACCUGUCUCUAUAAUAUGUUGGGUACUUAUAAUCGCAAUAAAUACUUUUGUUCCGUAGAUAAUAUAUACAUGGAUGGGACAUCCCUAUAUUCGGUAUAUUGUGAGCGAUGUCGAGUCUACUGGUCACCGUAAUGGUAUAUGCGGUUACAGAUAAUGGUUUAUGAUAAACAACAUUUUUUAUAAAUUUGAUUUGUGCCGAUUUUUGUGUUUUACUAUUGUAAGUACCUAUUAAUUUGCCUCUGAAUAAUAUUAUUUUCCGAAUUUGUUAUUGCGGUGACCGUUAGGCGACCGGUAGUCGGUGACACGAAUUAAAAUAUUUUAUUCGUGAUCGGUGAAUUGCGUUUUCGUUAUCAUUAUGGUGUUUGAUACCACACCUUAAUUAAAUGUAAUCAGUAUGCUCUUCGAUCACUCGAACCAAGGUUUAUUAAAGCACCUUGACUUGAACACGUCUUGAACGCUCAACUUAAUGUCCCGUCCAUGACUUAUAUAUUAUCUAUGUUUUGUUCAUCCGCGAUAUGUCUGGUUCAUAUUAGAGCUGCUCAUAGCAGUUCUUUUAAAACUGUUGACAAAAAAAAAAUUAUUCUAUUUUAAUUUUUUUUUAAUUUUAAUUUUGCCUAUCGCUACAAUUACAAGUAAGUUCGUCAACAGAACCCACCUGAAAGAAAAAUUAUCCUGUGUAGUGACACAAAAUAAAUGAAGUAUCAAAUGAUAAUUUAAAAAAUAUAAUAAUAUUAAUAUAAUCAAAUAAUAACAGUGCCUACUUAAGUUACUCGGUUACGAUGUGUUUAAUACCCCCCUUGCUACGGUUAGGGAUAAUAUAGAUGAGAUAAUUUGUUCUCAUUAUCAAUUAUUUUUCGUUUUAUCUCGAUAACAGAUAACAUUUCAAUUUUAAGGUUAUGUUGAAAUUCGCGUUUAUCAUUAUCAAACGAGUUACAAAAACAAAAAAUAAUGUAACACUUUUUCCUGUAAUUAUAAAUGAUUAUUUAAUAUUAAUCGUUACGUUUGUUAAUAAUUUUUGUUAUAUUGUUAAAUAUAGUGUCUUAAACGGUUAUAAUGUUGUGUAACAAAAUACUGAACUUGGUAAGCAAAACCAUACAAACCGUACCCACUAGUCGAAUAAUCGCUUCGAGUAUACAGAAUAAUUAUGCACGUUCGUUUUCGUCUCCGGUAACACAAGAAUAUGUUAUCGAUAAUACCUUAACGUAUAAAACAUUAUCCGACAGUGUAAUAAAAACUGUUAACGAAGCCGUGAAAAACAACAAUCGACUGUUUGCCGUUGUGCAUGUAUGUGGUAAGCAGUUCAAAGUUACCGAUAAUGACCUGAUACUUAUAGAUGGUUACUGGCCACCGAACGUAGGCGACCGCCUUAAGCUUCAAAAGGUAUUGUUAGUUGGAGGCAAAGACUUCACGUUGAUCGGAAGACCCAUAUUGGACACGAAUAAAGUAUGCGUCACGGCAACGGUUGUCGACAAAGACCUGUCCCAUACCAGAACAAACUUUCAACGUAUUAAACGUAAACAAUACAUGCGAAUUAAUUUCAUUAGGAAAGAAAUUACUAUGCUCAGAAUCAAUUCGGUACAAGUAACUCAAUCCAUCGAUAGUGUCAAUGAUGUUCAAGAAAUGGGAAGACGUACAAUGCAAUCCUAAUUAAGUUUUUGUUACAUAAAUUGAUUGUAGUUAACAUAUUACCUAUUGUGUGUAAUAAUGUAUACUGUUUAUUUCUAAUUAAUGGUGAAUAAAACAGAAUUGAAAAAAAACCAUACACUGUACAUAGAUCUUCUUGUGUUAUUCUAAUUGUGUUUAUAAAAAUAAAAUAACCAUUUUUUUUUUCACAGAUUAUUUUUAUAAUUUUUUUUUUUUUUUACAUUUGGUAAUCAAUACACUAUUCAAUUUAUUAUUAAUAAUGACAUAAUAUUUUUAAUUAUUCAGUGUCCCAUAACAUUACUAUACAACAUUAACAAUAAUAGUUAAUAGUUUUAUUUUAUAAAAUUGCAAUUUGUCUAUUAAGAAUAUUUAUAUACACCUUAUACUACUAGUAGGUGUAAAUCUAUGAUUGUGAAAAGAAACGCCAUAGCUGUAACCCAAGAAUCAACUGGAGAAAGGUACGCUAGGACAGACUACAUACAGAAGGAUAUGGAGGAGAAUUUGUUAUAUGGAAUGGUCUUAAAGACCCACUCCCCUCCCCAAAAUAAAUAAGGUUAAUGAUUACUCAUAAAACUGUCGCUGAACGUUAAUAAAUAAAAUAAUAUUUGAUAUGACAAUAUCGAAUACAUUUGUGUAAUAUUGUUAAUAUUGUGAUACUAUUAUCAGAGUAUUCAGAGUAUGUUAUCAAAACCGCUCAUUAAAAUAUAGGUUAUUAAAUAUUAAAUUACUAAUGUCUACUUCUGCUACAUGCCUAUAUGGGACAUUUUUAAAGUGGUGAAGUGUUUACUCCAUGGUUAAUUAUUAUAGAAGGACUAAGGUAGAAAAAAAAUUCAAUUUACGAUUUCCUUGAAGCAUUUAUAUUAAAUGUCUUCUUCAACGUUUGGUCAAAAAAAAUUCCAACCAACACCUCCAGAAAAAGGUAGUUUUCCAUUAGACCACGAAGGCCAGUGUAAAAAAUCCGCUUACAGGUAUAUGUUUUGUUUGAGUGUUAACAACGGAGACAACUCAAAGUGUCGUCAGCAAGCCAAAGAAUAUUUGGAUUGUCGUAUGCAAAAUGAUUUGAUGGCCAAAGAACAGUGGCCUAAACUUGGACUUGCCGAUGUUGAAAGUAAUACUGAUGGUAAUAAACCUCAAUAACAGCUAUGCCACCACAUGUAAUUAUCGCUUGUAGUGCCAGCGUUGCUGCCAUAAAAAUACCAGAUAUCAUUUCACAACUCGCUCAGAAUAACAUUCAAAUAACAUUAGUAGUCACAGAAGCUAGUAAACAUUUUCUAGACUUGGAAAAAAUCAAGAAGGAUUUCAAAGUAGAUGUUUAUACCGAUCAAAAUGAAUGGGAUGCUUGGAAAAACAGAGGAGAUCCCGUAUUGCACAUAGAACUUUCGAAAAAAGCAGAUUUACUGGUACUCGCUCCUUUGAGUGCUAACACCCUGGCCAAAGUUAGUACAGGGAUUUGUGAUAAUUUAUUGACAUGUGUUGUUAGAGCUUGGGAUAUUUCAAAACCAGUAUUGUUUUGUCCAUCAAUGAAUACUCGUAUGUGGGAUCAUCCUGUUACCAAUGAUCAAGUGAAAAAAUUGGUGUCAUGGGGAUAUUAUCUGGUUCCUCCGAUUGUCAAGACAUUGAUGUGCGGUGAUCAUGGAAUUGGUGCUAUGGCUGAAGUAGAAACUAUUGUAAAACUAAUUUUAGAAAGAAUUUACUUUUAAAUAUUUAUUUAGAAAUUAUAAAACUUGUUUACACUCUAAUAUAAUUAUUAAAUAAAAUAAUAAAACUUUAUUAAAAAAAAAAAAUGUGUAAAUUAUUAUUAUUUUUAAAAUUAAUUUUAUGAAAACUCCUAUUAUUUAAAUAUCAAAAUAUUAAUUAAUUGCAGAAUAGGACCAGAAAAGUGUGUAAUAAUCCGCCUUUCGGGUCCCAUUAAAAAGUAUUGGGCACAAACUAAAUCACUUCAAUUUGAUGAACUUCUAAGUGAUGGUGAAAUGAAGGAGCAACACCGUAAGGCGAUGAUUGAUUGGAGUGAAAAUAUACGCUUCAACGAUUAUGGCUAUUUUUGCCGUAUGGCAAUAGAAAUGUAUGACCAAAGUUAGUGUUGAAACAAUAUUUAAUAAACUUCAAUAUAGGAAUUAUUAUUUUUACAUUCCUAAUUUAUUGUUAUUUUUAGAUAAAUCAAAAGAAAUAUGGAUUGUGAGUGAUGCUAGAAGAAAGACUGAUAUUGCAUGGUUCAAAGCCAAUUACAAUAAUGUAAAAUUAAUCAGAAUUACAGCAGACGAGUGUACGAGAAAAGAGAGAGGAUGGACAUUUAUACAAGGUGCCUAUAGAGAAUUGAUUUACUUCUUUUACUAUUAUUCUACAAUUAUUAUUUUUUAAUGAAAUACAACAGUCAAUUAAUUUAGAUUAAUUAUUAUAAAUUAUAUUUAUAUAUACCUAUUUUUAAUUUAUACAUAAUAGGUAAUAUUUUAGAAAUUUUAAUACAAAAAUAUCUCAUGCAUCAUCUCAUAAUUAGAGAUUUAUUUUUUAUUUUUUUAAAUCUGAUAAAAUUAAAUUUUUAUUAAACUCUUUUGAGGACCAUUCUCACAAAUGUAAAAGUUGAUUUUUAAACAGAGUUUAUAUGAUAACCGGUCAUGAUUGGUCGGUUAUUAUAUACUCAGUUUAAAGGCCUAUGUUAAUAUUGGUGAAUUAGUUUUACAAUGUAGUUUUUCCUCUAUAUGUAAACAGAAAUCUUAUUUCAAUGACCAACUUUAGAGGUGAUUUAUGAUUAGCAAAUAUUUUGUUUAGUUUGUGAAUUUAGAUGUAAUUUUUUUAUUUUCCUUGUAUUAUUUUAGAGAAAUAUAAUGGGAAAUCAGAAUAAACCUGAGUAUCUGCACAAAUACAUUUUCCGAUAAUUCCACUUUUAGUUUUCUGUUUUAAUUCGAUGAAAAAUAAAUGUAACAACCUAAAAUAUUUACAAAAUAUAUGUCUCAUAUUAGCACUUUCUUGAUGUGGUGUCAUUUUGAAAAAGUUCAGGUGUUUUUUUUUUUAUAAUUUUUUCAGCUAUUUAAAAUGUUUUUGAGUUUUUUGGUUUGGUGAAUACAAAUUAUUAAACCUUUUCCCUUAUGAUAAUAAUAUAUAAAUUCUGUAGUCAUUAGUCAGGAUUUUUUUUAAAGCAUUUAUAAACUCAAUUUUUAAUGUUUCUAAAAAUCAGUACCAUUUUGUAACUAUUACUAUUAGAUACAUUACUUGUACAUUUUACAUGUAUGUGAAAAACUUUUUAGAUUUUCCUAAGUUCAAAUUAUCAUUAAAAACACAAUAUUAUUUAUUUAUGUAAGUAGGUAUUCUUUAUAAGAUAAAACCUCGUUACUUUAAAUUUUGGAAUAUUUGUUGUCAAUAAUCAUUCUUUUGAGUGUGUAUCACAAUUAAGAUUCCUUAUACAUUAUACAUACCUUAUACCUUAUUCAAUUCAGUUUUCAUGUUGAUAACCUAUUGUACAGAGUACAUUUAAUUUUUAGGAGUUGAUGAUGCACAGUCAGAGUGUGAUUUAGACGACCAAUUAGGAUGGGAUUGGAUUGUCCAAAACAACAAAGGUGACAAUUGCAACGAUUUUAUCAACGAAAUUGUAAAUAGUACACUUACACUUUGAUGUUAUUCUUUGUUUUGUUUAAUAUGCAAUAUCUAUUAAUAUUAUAUUAUAUCCAUAGCCAUUUAUACGCACUGAUAUUUAUCAAGCUCACACAUAUUUAUAUAAAUAACAAUGUACUCACGAAUUUAAAUAUUUUUAUAAUGCACUGUUACACAUCAUUUAUUAUUAUAUUAUGUAUUACUUUUUGUUUUAAAAAAAUGUUAUAUUUACUUACAAAGUUUGUUGAAUCUUAAUAAUUUAAUGUUAUAAUAUGUUAUUGUAAUUGUUUUUUUCUUUCCAUACCUCUAACAUGACUAAAUAAAAGUCAAGAAAAAUGUAUGGGACACAGUACAAAAAAUUAACACAGGACACUCAUAUUGAUGUAUUUGUCACGGCCUUAUCAGAUUCUGGACCAGGGUUUAUUCAAAAUACUUAAUAUUAUAUGGUGUCUUUAUAAAUAUUCAACAUUAUACUGUCAAAUCAAAAUAAAACAAAAGCAAAAUACAAUAGCCAUUGCAAAACAUAAUAUAAUAUUUUAUGUCUUUAUUAUUUAAACACAUAAACACAAUAAUAUUCAGGGUAGAAUAAAUGACUCAGCAAUAUGGUUUAUAGGUAUUCUGUAUACUGUAUGUACUUGUCACUGAAACACAUUUACUUUUCACUAAAUAGUAAACAGUAAUAUUGGUACUUAAUAACUUUAGUUUAUUUUUAUAAAUUUCUAGUACCUAAGAGUAUAUUAUGAAUGACUUAAAAAAUAUAUAAUGUCUAUUAUUUUGUAGUUUUUGAAAAUAAAUUUGUCUCCAACAUAGGUUUUAUGUCUUGAGUAUAAGUGGAAAUUUAUACCUUUUGAGGUCUGGAAUAGCAGAAGCUGCAUUAUAUGGUGUACAAAAACAUCCUCCUUGGGAAAAAUUAGCCUUGUAAAAUAGUUAGAUUUUGAUGUUUUUGUUUAAUAAAUUGAAAGAGAAAAGACUUAAUGCAGGUUACACUGAACUUUGAUUUUUAAAAUUAAAAUUCCUUGAAACUAUUCAACGUCCAAUGUUUAUUUUAUAAAUAAUAAAUAAAUACAUGUUAUUUUAUUUCAUUUUCUCACAUCUAUGACAUAGGUACCUACAUUAAUCAAAUAGUAAUAAUAAUGUUAAUAGUUCUACAUUUAUUCGUUAGUAACAAGAUAUUCAAUGUAAAUUUAAGACUAUUAAUAUUUAGUUAAUAGUAUUUAAAAACAUUAAUCGAGUUUUAUUGUAUCUACUUAUAUAUUAUGUGUACACAAUUGUUUCUUAUUUUAUUUAAUAACCAAUGAGUCAAUACUUAAGUAGAU